AUGAAAGAAUCAUCAAAGACGUCAAGAGAAUCGGCGGCAAAGACUGCUGCUUCUGCAGUGAUGCCUGCAAGACGCUCUUUGCCAAGAGCUAAAAGGGAAGUGGGUGAACACUGUCGCUCGUGCAGUUACUGCCAGUCGAUAUCCAAGAGUCUGGUGACGACACCGGGUGAAGACAUGGACAUCGAGUUCUGCUCUGAAGCCUGCUGCUCAAAAUACAAAAUGCUCCUCGGACAUUUGGCAAAAUGUGACACCUGCAGUCACAAAGGGAAACUAAAGCAGAGUCUGCCGCUGCUGGGAGAGGUCAAAUACUUCUGUGGCAUGAAGUGUCUCCUACACUUCUGCAGUAACAAGGUUCAGAUGCUCGACGGAGAAGUCUCUUCAUCUCUGGUAUCUGCAGCACCAGCAGAGUCCUCUCCUGUCAUUGGGAAUGUUAUAUCUUUGGCUAAUGCUCUGACCAGGCAGCACAGCGGCUCAGCAGCCUCUCCACAGCUUGGCUCCAUCACUGACAUUCAAACAAAGGUCAUUGGACAUGCCAGCGUUCAGACUGUCCCAAAGGAGCUGAAGAACAAGUCGAUCAUCUGUACUCCGCUGGUUCAUAACAAAGGGUCUCCUAAGACCGUUGUGAUCCUAAAGUCGUGGUCCUGCCUGUCCCAGUGCCGGUUUAUGUUCCUGUGCCUAUGA